UUAUUUUCUGAAGUAUGUUUUCACAAACAAGAAUCAUGGAAUUACCAGGAUUACUGGGAUUAUUAGGAAUUACCAGGAUUACUCUGGAAUUACUCAGUAAACCCGGAAUUACAGAAUUACUUGCUCAAAUUCCAAGUAAUUCCGGAUUAGUGACCAGUCUGACACGAUGCUGGAAACCCCUUGGAAGAAUGUUGGGUUCAGAGGAAACAUACAACAAAAAGCUGUUGUUCACAAAAAGCAAUGCUUGUAACGUUGCAAUGUCAAGGUUAUUUCAGAUGUGGUUGCUGAUAUUUAAGAUUGUGGUGCAAAAAGUGUGCACUGGCCAACUUAAGUGACGUAGCUUUUUUGGAGGGAUGUAAUACGAGUAGAAAAAUUUUCGGUUUGCAACCAAAGAAAGUGACUGAGGAUUGUUAAUUGAAAAUAUUUAGCUACGUCAUUUCUAAAUGGUACCUAGGUAUCAGCUGUGGGGAGCCCCAAAUUUAAUGGAAAUAAUUCAAAGUCAAGACGAGUUGCUUGUAGUGAUUCAGCUGGAUUUCCAAUUUAUAACAUUUAUAAAAGAUGAUUUAUUAGUAGUUAGCACGUUAGUUUGAGUGUUUUUGGUGUGUAACAUACACGAAUUAAAUCACUGAUCAAUGCCACAACAAAUUAAAAACUCCACCAUGAUGGUAUAUAAGCUUGAAUCCAAUGCGUUUUGUUAAUCAUUACAAAAAUAGUUAACUACGAACAUGUCGGAUAAAGUAAUCUUAGGCCACGAACGUGACGAAGACAUCAAAAAACGUGUCUAUAAAAAGGCUAGCAGUGAGUUGUUGGCUAUUCUUGAGCAGUUUGGGGGAUCAAUGGUUUCUAAACGAUUUGAAAAUGUUGUGUUGUACUGUGAUAUCCCGAGAGACAUCAUGUUUCCGUUGGAUAUUGUCGAGAUAUUCAAAGAUUUAUCUGAUGACGAAGAAACGAUGAAUUUGGAUAACAUCGAGAAGGCGCUUUAUUUGGAUUGGUGCUCAAAAACGUUAUGUUAUGCACACGUGAUCUUCGAUGACAUUGUGGAUAACAGCAAGACUCGUUAUGGAAAGCCCUGUUGGCAUCGAAGAAGCGAUGUCGGACUGUCGGCCGUUUUUGACGGUCUUUUGAUAGACAAAUCGAUUCAUUAUCUCAUGAAUACAAAAUUCAAUCGCGAUAUUAUUGAUGCCGUACUGGAAAAGUUAUUCUUCUUGGACGCAGGUCAGACAUUAAACGAUAUGUUGAGCAAAGUUCAUGAUUCAGAUAGCUUCAAUCGAGCAUCGUAUGAGAAAAUGGUAUAUCUUCAAGAUUCCACGAUAAUUACAUUGCCUAUGAGGCUGGCAAUGUGUCUCGCAGGCAUCGCGGAUCAGAAUGCAGUAAAUCAAAUGCAAACCAUCAUAGCAAAGGUGGAAGUGUUGUUUCAAAUGAUGAACGACUAUCAGGACCUGUUUGGGGACGCCGAACUGUUGGGAAAGGAAGAGAGCGAUAUUCAGGAACGCAAAUGUUCCUGGUUUGCGGUCAAAUGUUUGGAAAAGACGAAUCCUGAACAGAAAGAGUUAUUCAAGCAAAACUAUGGUUCUGAGGAUCCUGAAAAAGUUGCUACAAUUAAAGAACUUUAUACUACCUUGCAAUUGAAGGAAGAGUACAACAAGUGUAAAAAUGAACUGAGUAAAGAGAUUGAAGCUGAUAUCGAAAGAGUUGAACUUGGGAAAUUGCAACGGGCACUUUUUGCUGUGUAUAAAAAAAUUGCGAAUUCAAAUGAUAACCAAGCACACGUAUGAUUUCUACUAGGCUGUGAAGUAUUUUCACUUUCAAAUCAGUCUUUUACUUUUAUAAUUAUUUAUAUUGAUAGAAAAAUCAACAAUUUAGACUUUUGUUAUGCCUCUCAUUAUAUUUAAACUAAAACUUUAAAUUAAGGGGUGGUGAACCGCUUAACGUGAGCGAUGACAUCAGCCUUCUAAAACUUAUUAUUGAUAGUUAUAGGUCAAACAGCAUACGACAGUUUCAAUAAAAAAAAGCAAACAAACAGUACGCCCCUUCUGUUCUCUGCAAAAUAGGAAAAAAUUAAUGUUUUUUUUUAAUCUAACUGGAUCGAAAAAUUCUAUUUAUUGAAUGUUUAGCCGUAUUUGGAAUUGUUGUCGGAGUGAGAGACGGAAACGUUGGAGUCAUCUGGUCGUCGUGGAGUGUAACUAAACCCUUCAGAAGACAAAGUUGAAGUAGUUUCCAGAUUUCAUUUAAAUCACUUAAGGUGAAGCCGUUGAUCAUUUUCGAAGAAAAUUGAUCAUCACUAUAAAAUAUUCUGUAUUAAAUUCAAUUUAAAGAAUUUCUGCACCAAAAUGAAUCAGCAUGUGCCGGUUGUUGCCUUCUUGAAGCCACUGAAGGAAUUUUUGAUCUUAAUCAAUUGUGCUUCAAAAUUUAUAUAAUUUUGUGGCACAGUCAUUGACGUCCUAGUUGGCAAUCAUUAAUUAAUGAAGAUUUCCAUAACUUUACAAGGAUCCCAUCGUUACCAAAAGGAAUCAGCAUGUGUAGGGCACUAUUCUUAACAACCUGUAGAAGGAUUUUUGUCAAAAUAUUGAAAGCAACGCAAAAUUUGUAACUUUGAACGAAAAAUCAUGACAUUGAUGGAAGUCUUCACGUUAAAGUUGAAUUCUUGAAACUUAUAGCCAUAUUAAGGAGAAAUUUUUUGAAAUAUGUUCAGUUUUAUGCAACUUGUGUCGGAAUAAAUGCCAAAACACACGACUUGAAUUCCAAUUUAAAAAUAUUCUCUGCAAAAAAUAUUGUCGAAAAGCUGAAAAAUAUCCUAAAAUUUUUCUUUUUUGACUUUGUUGAUCAGUUGUUGAGAUACAGCCUUUUGAAGCCAGAUUUUUUUUUGAAAAAUAAGUUUUUUUCGGUGUCAUGUAAUUGGCUCUCAUUUUUUAAAUUAAAUCUAAUUUGAUCAUUUAAAAGUCCAUUUUAACUGACCAGCCCGCAACAUUACAUAGAGCUUUGAAUGGAAAAAUUAAAGAUGAAAAAUGGCUUUUUUGGACAUGCCUGGACAAAGUAAA